AUGCACAAGGUUGUGCUAAUUGGAGACUCGGGCGUGGGCAAAACAUGUCUUCUUGCAAGAUAUAACACAAACAAAUUUAGAGCACAAACACCAACCAUUGGUGCGACCUUUUCUACAAAGAGAUUACUAUGCAAUGAUGAAGUUGUUGCAUUACAAUUAUGGGAUACUGCUGGACAAGAACGAUUCAAGUCAAUGUUGCCUAUGUACUAUCGUGGAGCAGCAUGUGCUGUUAUUUGCUUUGACAGCAUGCGAGUUCAAACUGCAGAAAAUGUUAAAAAUUGGGUGAAAGAACUACAAAUGCAUGCUGAUGACGACAUUUUGAUCGUGAUAAAUUGCACAAAAUGUGAUUUACUAAGGGAAACAUCCGAAUGGAGAACUUUUAUUAAGAACUACCUUAACAAAUCUAACAGAUCUGAUAACAUCUCAUCGGCAGAUAGGACUGGGUCUUAUACAUCAAUAACCUCAGCCUCCACUGGCUCAACUCCUCCCCAACAUCAUGAUCCUAACUCUCAAUCUCCGAUAAGCGAAGUAAAUGAAUCGAAUAACGGAGCUGACAAUCCAUUUGGAGCCACUGGUGUUUAUAAUGACCCUUCAUAUCCAUUCUAUGACAUGAUUCAAUAUGCUCAAAGUAUUAAUGCAAUUUAUGUUGAAACAUCGUCCAAAGACAAUGAAGGAAUUGAUGAAAUGUUCAUGAUAAUCGCAAAGAAAUUGGUAGAAUCUCACAGAAAAAGACACGAAUUCUCAUCACAAACAUCUCAAAAUAGAGGUGCAAGAUCAACUGACGACGAUUUUCUUUCCACAACCUCUAGCUCUUAUUCCAUACGAUCUUCAAGCCCUGCUGCUGUGACAAGGUCUGGAGGUGGAUGUUGUGGCUUAGGAGGAUCCACACCAUCCACAGGGUCUCAAACAUCCUCAACUGGAACCUCUCCUAUUGCUACUGGGUUCUCCACAUCUAACAUUAAGCCUACUAACGAAAAAUUUUCAAACCACUCUCCAACUUUUAUAACUGUAAGAAGUGGACUUGUGGAUGACAGAUUUCGAUAA